AUGCAGUUAUGGAGACUAAACAAAGUCAUCGGUGGAUUUGGUGAAAAAUCGCACGUAUCGGCCUCCUACCAAAUUUGCCGAUGGCCUCCUCAAAGGGUUGAAGACAUUCAGUUCGUGGCUGGCUACAAUAUAACGCUUUGCGUUCGACUAGAGGCAAGCGAGUUGAUGACCAGGAGACAAAAGACUUACCCCCUCACUCAUCUGUUUCAGGUUUCGCGAACCAAUCUAGAGGUGUCUUUCGACGAUCUUGCAGCGUUGCCUCGAACAUUGUGGAAAAGGGCGAAGUAUCCUGAGGUGUAUCGCACGUAUCCUCAAGACGUUCCACUAAAACAAAUCGUCGAGGCUGUGAAAGUGGGCCUUACCGUCACUAAUGUAAAAUUGAUUUCUUUUCUUAAGAAUCAUAUCUAUCACAAAAUUAUUCCAACUAAAAUAAGGAAACUGCGAAAUUCACAAUGUUUCACUGAUACUCUCAAUAAAAUCCAGUUACUGUCAUCCGUUUGCCAGAUGCCAGAGUACAAUUUCCCCAUCCACAUUCUGCAAACCAGCUCGACAGUCUGUUCACGCAACACCAAACACGACCUAGUCAUUGUGGUGAAAAGUGGAAUUCUCGGAUGGGACGACAGAAUGGCAUUUCGCGCCUUCAUGCAACGCGAGAGAUCUCGCUGUCCGCAGCUCAACGUGGGAGUCGUCUUCAGUCUCGGAAUGCCACGCAUACAAGGUGGCAGAAUGUUUAAUCGCGAAGGCAAUAUCAUCAGCUUGUCUGGAAUCAGUGGUGACAUGCUCGAGCAAUUCGAUGGCAAGGAAGAUGUUGUGAUGGAACGCAUCAAUAGGGAAAUCGAGGAUUUCGGUGACAUAGUACUGGCAGAUUACGAGGACACGUAUUUCAACUUGACGUGGAAGACCAUCACAAACCUGCGAUGGCUGUCAGCUUUCUGCAACAAGCACCAUGGCAACACGUUCAUGAUUAUUGACGACGAUCAUCGCGUGAAUCUGACCAUGGUGGCGAAGAUGCUCGACAGUGUUUCAACGGAAACAUUGAGAAAGUCUAUUUUCGGAUUCAUUGCCAAAUUCGACUACGCGUAUAGAUCGCCAACGAAGAAGUGGUUCCUGUCCUACCGCGAAUUCCCUUGGGAUUUGAUGUAUCAGUAUCCACGUGGAUUUUCCCAAUUUAUAGGAGCCGACAUCGUCGACGACCUGGCCAUCGCGAGCGCAUACACACGCUUCAAUUACGCACCGGAGGAUGUGUUUCUUGGGAUGAUAGCAUUUAAACUGGACAUCGACUUGCACAAUGUGGACGCAAUGUAUGAUCACGAGGAAUACGAUGAGAGAAAAAACGGGACGCAACCUGCGAUGGUGGCAUUAAGCAAGUAUUUCGAACAUGCAUUCAAACGCUAA